AUGCUAGAGGAGAGUAGGAGAGCUCCAGGGCAGAACUUGGGGAGGCCAGGGCUGGAGAUCGCGGUGUUCAGCCAGGCAGGGGUCACUCUGCUGAUUGCCUUCAUCUGCGUGCGGAGCUCUCCAUGGACUGACUACAGUGCCUACAGCUACUUUGAAGUUGUUACUAUAUGUGACUUGAUCAUGAUCCUCGCCUUCUACCUGGUGCACCUCUUCCGUUUCUACCGCGUGCUCACUUGCAUCAGCUGGCCCCUGUCGGAACUUCUGCACUAUGUGAUCGGUACCCUGCUUCUCCUCAUCGCCUCCAUCGUGGCGGCCUCCAAGAGUUACAACCAGAGCGGACUGAUAGCUGGAGCGAUCUUUGGGUUCCUGGCCACUUUUCUGUGCCUCGCAAGCUUGUGGCUGUCCUAUAAGAUCUCAUGCGGAACGCAGUCAGCAGAUGCAUCUGCCUGAGGGGGCGGCCCCCAGGCCUCUGAAGACAACCUGUGGGUACAGGACCUGCCACACUGAAGCACACCAAGCAUGACUUCUGGAAAAGUCCUACGCCAAGUCCUGCACAGGCUGGUGGGUGCCAAGAAGACCCCCUAACCACCUACUUUACCAACAUGCAGGUCUGCGGAGCUCCUGAGUCUGCAAGAGAUUGUUUUUGCAAUCUUCUUUGAAGAACACUUCCCUUUUGGGGACUUCCCCACUUCCUGCUCUCGGUGGCGCCUCAGGUACUGAUGACCCUACUAAGCACAACCAAGGCGUUUCUGCGCUCUGCAGACAGGACCUCGGCUCCUCCGUGCUCCCAAGUGCUCCCAUAGCAGCCACGCUGAUUCCCCCAACUCGUCAUCUGGUCUUCUGGCCAGCGUACAUACAGAAACCCCAUGUGAUCAGCCUGUUGUCCCCUCCUUCCCUGUCCACCUUUGUCGCCAUUGUGUGUGUGUGUGUGUGUGUGUGUGUGUGUG